GUCGUCGGCGGAGGUAAUUUUGAGCAGAGCAUAACUAAUCCAUCACGCAAGGACUCAUUCCAGUUCUAUUUAAUCCGGCACUUUCCUCCAUUUUUAACGGAAUUUGGUAUGGCCUCAUGUAUGCUUUCUUGCCGAUCCGUUCUCCGGGAUCCACGUCAGGAUCAUGCCUGUCAUCUACAGGCGUUCGCCGGCGGCAACAUCGAAGCUUCUUGCUCGUCGUCGACUCCAACAUUGAAAAUGGAUGGUUGUAGAAGGGGUGUAUGGUCGGAGAAACCAAGAAGUUUGUUCUCAGUUUUCGGAGUCGACGUCGCCUGUCACACUGAGAUCGCGGCCGCCGCCAGUCCAAUUGAUCUUCAGUUUUGGUGAGCUCGACACUGUUUGUUGUGAUGGGAAGAAAUCAGAAUUUGGGGAAUGAGUUACUAUUAGGUCCUUAAUUGCAAUUACCAGUAACUAUAAAUUCUUUUAAUAAAUAUUGUAUUCUUUA